AGAAACUAAAAAGCAGCCGAGAAAGAAAAUGCAGCAAAGAAAACUGUGGAUGGUAUUGGUGGGCUCCGGAUUACUCUUGCUCCGCCUGAAUCGAUUGAAAUUCUACUGCCCGGUCUCAAGCAAACGGUGUUGAUGCGGGGAAUUGAAUCGGUUAUGGCUUUCUCGUUGGAUUUGCAGGAUUUUAUUCUUCGUGGUCGAGUGCUGAAACUGUACAGACUGGCUCUGAGGACUGCUCGUAGAGCUCCUGUACAUUCGAGAGCUGACUUGAAGCAGACAAUCAGGGUUGAGAUGGAGAAUAACAAGAACUGUAAGGACAAACAGAGGAUCCGGUAUUUGAUCAGUGAAGGAAUGGAAAGAAUAAAACGUCUAGAUCAUAUGCUUGAUAUGCAAGGCCACUCUUGAUUAAGAAGAAACUCAAAACUGGUAUUCUCAAGUAUGUUGUAAUUUCUGCCAUUGUAACUUCUUUGUUUCUUGUGUUUCAGCUCAGAAAAUGCAUGUUAAUCUCAUUGGUUUAUUAGCUCAGAGUUUGCUUUGGUUCUGUUUUCAUUAUCAUGAAUUGCGCUUGCACUUUUUUGAUGGAGUUAAAAUGAUGAUACAAUUAAGCA